AUGGCUGUGACCACUGUCGGAGGAGGCGGGUUAAAUGUGAUGAACAAGGCCCUCCCUGCUCAUUGUGGAAAUUCUGGGCCCGUUGAAGCGCAGCUUGGAGAUACACAGUCAUGGAACGGGAUCGCUCUAAACACACCCACAACCCCGCUCGGUCAGCCUACCGUUGACGAGCUGGAACUGAUGCACCAGUUCUCCACGGAGACAUACCAAAGCCUCUGUGUGAGCGAAUCUGAGAAGCGUACCUGGCAGGUUCUCAUUCCGCGCCUUGCCCUCAAACAUCGGUUUCUUAUGAACAGCAUCCUGGCGUUGGCCUCAUUACACAUCGCCACCACGCGUGAGCCACCAGAUGCACUAGCAUAUAUAGACGCCGGACUCGAAUAUCAUAGCUCGAGUCUAGAACCCUUUCGCAAAUUGAUAGAUAGCAUCACGCCAGACAACUGUGAUGUCGCAUUCGCACAGGCCGUUGUCAUAACGGCUAUCAGUCUCGCGCUCCCACAGCUAACCGCAGCCCGUGAGAAUGCAUUCCGUAUGAUAGACAAUAUCAUUAUGGUCUUUGAACUCCUUCAAGGUGUGAAAAGGAUUUUGACCAUUGGUCGACCAUGGAUAAAUCUGAAGUUGUUUUCCCAGGGCAUGUUUUGGAAAGACGGGUUAGGCGACUUGGACACAGACACCGACGCCGCACUGAACCAGCUCGUCAUCUUAAACGAACAGGCAAACAUCAAUUCCGACUUAUCUGAUUUUCGAAUCAACAAAGAGGUGAUAGCCCAUUUGCGGCAUUGUUUUAAGAAAUUCUCCUGCUCCCCAGACCCCGCGCCUGUUCUUGCUUGGCUUGGGGCGGUCGAUAAAGAGUUUAUCGAUAAUUUGCGCCGAAGGGAGCCGUUUUCGCUCUUGAUUCUCGCCCACUGGGGAGUCCUUCUCAAGGAGCUCGAUGGACAGCGGUGGUGGGCUCGAUAUUCCGGAAGAGUGCUGGUAUCUGAAUUGAUGGAAGAAUUGAACUCCGAAGACCUUUUAUGGGAAACUUCUCUAAGAUGGGUCAAAUUCAAAAUUUCUUCAAAAGAGGAAGAGCUGUCUGUUAAACACCUUACGGUGACUACUGAGUAA